UUUCUGCUUUUAAAGAUCUCAACAUGGAACCCUUUCGUCGUUUGGCUCACAGUCUCUUUACACCCAAAGAAAUUACACGCUUUCUGGCCAUGAAGGAACGCUUGAGUCAGAGGUUCUUCAAUAUAAAAAAUCUAAAGCCAUAUUUUGGCACACAAUUUCUGGGCAAGUCACGUUUCUUCUCAGUGAAUAAAGACACUAAAGCAGAAGAAUGCACCAAACCCCAGAGUGAGGAUAAUUUUGGUUACAAGCCAGGGCCCAACUACGAGCCACGCGACACACACCACUGGUAUCCGGAUCCGGAGUUUCUCAAGGAAUCUGCCAGCGUGGUCAUGUAUCCCACCGGGGAUCAGUGGCAGCAGCGUCCCAGCGCCACGGGUAAGAAGUCACCGCCAGUGGAUCGCACAUUUCGCACAAAAUUCAUCAACUUUGGGCCCGCCCAUCCGGCGGCCCAUGGCGUGCUGCGUAUGAUCCUGGAGCUGGACAACGAGACUGUGCUCUCGGCGGAUCCACACAUUGGACUGCUGCAUCGCGGCACCGAGAAGUUGAUCGAGUACAAGACUUAUUUGCAGGCUUUGCCGUACUUUGAUCGCUUGGACUAUGUCUCCUGCAUGGCCAACGAACAGGCCUACGCCCUGGCAGUGGAGAAACUCCUGAACAUCGAAGUGCCACGUCGUGCGCGAUUCAUUCGCACAAUGUUCGCGGAGAUAAUGCGUCUGACCAAUCACACAAUGGCCAUAUCCUCUUCUAUCUUGGAUUGUGGUGGUAUUACACCACUCUUCUGGCUGUUCGAGGAACGCGAAAAGCUCUACGAGUUCUCGGAACGUGCCUCCGGUGCCCGGUUGCAUGCCGCUUACAUUCGUCCGGGUGGUGUGGCCUGCGACAUCCCUUUGGGCUUCUGCGAGGAUCUCUAUAACUUCAUCAAUCAAUUCAGCGAUCGUCUGGACGAGGUGGAGGAUCUUAUCACAGAUAAUCGCAUCUGGCGCAUGCGCAACAUCGGCAUUGGACGCAUCACAGCGCAUGAUGCCCUCAAUUAUGGCUGCACGGGCCCUGUACUCCGGGCCUGUGGUAUCAAGUGGGAUCUGCGCAAGCAGCAGCCCUACGAUGCCUACGACGAGGUGGACUUUAAUGUCGUUGUGGGCUCCAAUGGCGACUGCUACGAUCGCUAUCUCGUCCGCAUGCGUGAGAUGCGUGAGUCGCUGGACAUCAUCCUGCAGUGCAUCGAGUGCAUGCCCCCGGGCGAGAUCAAGGUGGAUGAUCGCAAAAUCACACCACCGCAGCGUGUUAACAUGAAAACAGGAAUGGAGGAUCUCAUCCACCAUUUCAAGCACUUUUCCCAGGGCAUUUUCGUGCCGCCCGGGCAAACAUACACCGCCGUGGAGUCGCCCAAGGGCGAGUUCGGUGUCUAUCUGGUGUCCGAUGGCUCUACACGACCCUAUCGCUGCAAGAUACGUCCAGCAUCUUAUGCCCAUCUGGCACUGAUGGCCAAACUGGCGCCCACUCAUCUGCUGGCCGAUGUGGUGGCCAUUAUUGGUUCCCUCGAUAUAGUCUUUGGCGAGAUAGAUCGCUAAUAGCAACACUAAAAUUUAAUUACCACACAAAACUACAUCGACU